CCUAUAAAUAUGAAAACUAGACAUUAAAUAUAGUAAUUAGAAAUUGUUUGUAAUUGCCAUAACUGAGAAAUAAAGAUUAUACGGUUGUCCAAAGUCUGCAUUUCGCGACACGCCGUGCUGGCUUCUUGAUACGUCGUCACGUGACCUAUGACGUCACUGCCGGGAGAGAUUUCCCCGCUGGGCUCAACAGCAACGCCGCCAUUAUGAGCGACGACAUGGACGAAGUCGAGCAAUUUUCCGACUCGUCUUCUAGCGUGGAGGCCUUUUUUGAGGUGGAAGGGGAGUCGGUGCCGUCUCCAGCAGACGUAGGUGGUGUCGUGGCUUAUAGGUACGAACCUUACCUUGACGAGCAGCAGUCAGACGGAGAAGAGGAUCUUGACGGAGGUCAAGACACAGACAACAGUGUUGGUAACGCUGAGGUCGGUGCUGAAGGGGGAAUGGCGGAUCGGAGCGGCAGACAGGAAAAUACGGAAUGGUGCUCAUGUGGUCACUGCACCACCAUGCCAACAACAACAGAAUGUGUAUGCUGUCAUGAGGUACAACAGAUUAAUGUAAAACGGCAGCAGCUGGUGCACAUGAUGGUGCCCGUUCCUGGGUGCAUAACCCUUCACCCAGGGUUACCCGCGGUCUGUCUUGACCCCUGGGGACUGCAGUGCGCCUACUACCAUUACAGGCAGGACCAGGGUCCACUCAGCCUGAGCGAUAAUCAUGAGAGGUAUAGGUACAUUGCCUACCGCCAGUUCGUGAGGUGGUGUUGGGGGUGGCUGGGAGCAAAGAUUAGAGUCGUUAUCCCAGCAUGUGCAGUGAACAAGAUCAGGGAGACCUUCCCCUCAGAAGAGUAUACUGGUUUCAAAUACCCACCUUUGGAUUAAAAUGUUCAUACUAUAAUGUUUAGACUC